AUGUUCGAAACCGAGACAGAGAAGACUGGGGGGCGGGCUUUAGAGCACAAGAGCAACGGAAGUAACGUCAAUCGCGAUAUCGAGGGAAAUAGCCAGAGUGAAAGUUCUACUCCUACUCCGAGUGGUGCUACUACACCACCCAAGUGUGUUCUCCCAGAAGGUGGUCUGCAGGGAUGGUUGGCCGUGUUGGCUUGUUGGUGUAUCAUGUUCAAUACAUUUGGUUACAUUAAUGCCUUUGGAAUCUUCGAGGUGUAUUACAAAAGCACCAUGUUGCCUCACCAAAGUCAAUCCAAGAUUGCUUGGAUCGGGUCUAUUCAAGUCUUUUUUAUGUUUUCGGCAGGACUUGUAUCUGGUCCGUUGAUGGAUCGAUAUGGACCAAAGCCAAUCCUGAUACCAUGCUCAAUCCUUUUCACCUUGUCGGUCAUGCUCACAAGCUUAUGCCGCGAAUAUUAUCAAUUCAUACUCGCUCAAGGCGUUCUGGGAGGUCUUGCCAAUGGCCUCACAUAUACACCUGCGCUGGCCGCAGUGGGACAUUAUUUCUUGAAGAAAAGAUCUCUUGCUAUGGGAAUUGCUUCCAGCGGAGCGUCGGUAUCUGGUGCCACACUCCCGAUUGCUCUAAACCGCCUUCUCAAUCGAACAACGGUUGGGUUUGGUUGCUCCGACGCACCCAAAAGACGCAGUGGACCUCCUCUCCUGCUGGAAGCUUGGAGAAACCCGGCGUACUCGUUUCAAGUAGCUGGAACAUUUCUAGUCAUGUGGGCUGUCUUUGUCCCGUUCUUUUACCUACCAGGAUUCGGGCAAUCUAUCGGCUUAAGUGUAGAUUUGUCCUUUUACCUCCUCGCAAUUCUCAAUACAGCAUCGCUGUUCGGUCGACUAUUCGGUGGCACAGUAGCAGAUCGCAUGGGCCGAAUCAAUACCCUAUCAUUUGCCUGUUUAAUCUGCGGCAUUCUGAUUCUCUGCUGGUUACCCAUCCGGUCCCACGGCGCGAUUAUCGCAUUUGCGGCUCUAUUUGGAUUUUUUUCAGGAACGGUAAUUGCUGUGUUCCCAGCGACGAUUGCCAUGACGGCACCUCAAUCGAAUCAGAUUGGAUCGUAUCUGGGCAUGGCGCUCGGCGUGUACAGUCUUGCUGGUUUGAGUGCUCUUAUUCUCGUCGGAGGGUUUGGAACCCGUCUGCGACCCCUCACACUCACACUGCCAAAGCCUUUAGUUGAGUUUGGCAACCGGCCUAUGAUCCUCCACCAGGUCGAGAGCUUGGCCGCCGCCGGUGUCACUGACAUUGUUUUGGCCGUCAACUAUCGACCAGAUAUUAUGGUGCAAGCGUUGAAGAAGUAUGAAGAACAAUAUAACAUUAAUAUCGAAUUCUCCGUUGAGUCAGAGCCCCUGGGUACUGCCGGCCCCCUGAAGUUGGCAGAAAAGAUCCUUGGCAAGGAUGACUCGCCGUUCUUUGUCCUAAACUCCGACGUCAUUUGCGAAUACCCUUUCAAACAGCUGGCUGAAUUCCAUAAAGCACACGGCGACGAAGGUACAAUCGUGGUCACCAAGGUCGACGAACCCUCCAAGUACGGUGUCGUUGUUCACAAGCCCAACCAUCCCUCGCGAAUCGACCGUUUCGUAGAAAAGCCCGUUGAGUUUGUUGGAAACCGCAUCAAUGCUGGUAUCUAUAUCCUCAAUCCAAGUGUUUUGAAGCGCAUUGAAUUGCGCCCAACAUCCAUUGAACAAGAGACUUUCCCCGCCAUUGUCAAAGAAGGACAAUUGCAUUCUUUCGACUUGGAGGGUUUCUGGAUGGAUGUCGGUCAACCAAAGGACUUUUUGAGCGGUACUUGCUUGUACCUGACGUCGCUCGCUAAGCGCAACUCGAAACUUCUUUCACCCUCUUCCGAGCCUUAUGUAUACGGAGGCAAUGUCAUGGUAGACCCUUCUGCUAAGAUUGGCAAGAACUGUCGCAUUGGUCCCAAUGUCGUGAUUGGGCCAAACGUUGUCGUCGGUGAUGGAGUGCGACUUCAACGAUGUGUUCUCCUUGAGAACAGCAAAGUCAAGGAUCAUGCAUGGGUUAAGUCGACUAUUGUCGGAUGGAACAGCUCCGUCGGCAAGUGGGCUCGUCUAGAGAAUGUCACUGUCCUUGGUGACGAUGUUACAAUUGCCGAUGAGGUUUAUGUCAAUGGAGGUUCCAUUCUACCUCACAAGAGCAUCAAGCAGAACAUUGAUGUACCCGCUAUCAUCAUGUAA